AUGGAAGAGAUGAGGAAGGAGAUAGACGUCGGUGAUUGGCAUUCAAAUCUCGCUUACGAUGAGUGGACACCACUCACUGUUCCUACUGGCUCACGAGCAUCAGCUCGCUACAAGCAUGCGGCGUUGGUUGUUGAUGAGAAGCUCUACAUUGUUGGUGGAAGCCGUAACGGCCGUUACUUAUCUGAUCUCCAGGUAGUGUUUGAUCUUAGAAGUUUGACUUGGUCUAGUUUGAAACUUAAAACUGAAGAUGGUGGUGAUGGUAGUAGCUUAGGGGAUGCUUUUCCUGCUAUUUCAGACCACCGCAUGAUUAAGUGGGGGAAUAGGCUUCUUCUGAUUGGGGGAUACUCAAAGGAUUCAUCAGAUAACAUGUCAGUGCGGUUUAUUGAUUUGGAAACACAUCUGUGUGGAGUCGUUGUUACCUCGGGAAAUGCUCCGGUAUCACGUGGUGGACAUUCCAUUACGCUGGUAGGUUCCCGAGUUUUUGUUUUUGGUGGGGAAGAUAAGAAAAGGAGGCUGCUGAAUGAUCUGCAUGUUCUUGAUCUCGAGACGAUGACUUGGGAUGUGGUCGAGACAUCGCAGACACGCCCAGUUCCCAGAUUUGAUCACACUGCUGCUACACAUUCCGAUCGUUACCUCUUGAUUUUUGGUGGUUGUUCUCAUUCUAUCUUCUUCAAUGACCUUCAUAUCCUUGACUUGCAAACUAUGGAGUGGUCACAGCCUCAAGUUCAGGGAGAUGUUGUAACUCCUCGGGCAGGACACGCAGGAAUAACCAUUGACGAAAACUGGUAUAUAGUUGGGGGCGGUGAUAACAGUACCGGUUGUUUAGAGACCCUUGUUCUGAAUAUGUCGAAGCUGGUUUGGUCUACAUCAACACAUGUAGGAGCAAGGCAUCCACUUGCUAGUGAGGGUCUUAGUGUGUGCUCAGCAUCAGUAUUUGGAGAGAACAUUUUAGUAGCUUUUGGCGGCUAUAACGGGAAGUAUAACAAUGAUAUAUUCGUCAUGAGACUAAAGCCAAGAGAAUCCUCAUAUCCCAAAAUCUUCAAGUCACCAGCAGCCGCUGCAGCUGCGGCCUCUGUCACUGCUGCUUAUGCCAUAGCCAAGUCAGAAAGUUCAGAUUUUCCUCCACCGCCUGCAAACCCAAAUCUCAACGGAAAAGAAAACAGCUUCUCUGGGAGAGAUAUUAGAAACACAGUCGAUUCCAUUAAAGAAGAAAAAAGAAAUUUGGAGUCAUCUGUUGCAGAAACCCAAGUAGAAAACUCGAAGCUCAGGGAAAAGAUAGAUGAAGUUAAUAGCAGCCACACUGAACUAUCUCAAGAACUUCAGUCUGUACAAGGUCAACUUAUCUCAGAGCGGUCAAGAUGCUUUAAACUUGAGGCACAAAUAGCAGAACUGCAGAAAGCAUUGGAGUCCGGACAAUCCAUUGAAGCUGAAGUUGAGAUGCUUAGAAAACAGAAGUUAGCAUCGGAUGCAAGAGAAGACGGGGCCGUCAAAAAGCAAGGGUGGGGCUGGGGUGCUAGGUAGAUCCCAAACUAUAGAUUCAUUUGAAGAAGCUCAACGUUCACAUCCAGCAGAGACAGAACCAUACAUUGGUUUUAUAAUACUACCUUUGAGAGUGAGAAACAGUGUGAGGAUAUAUAAGUUAUUUUUUUUUUAUCUAUUACAAAGAUUCAAAUAUCAAUUUGUUUGUUAUGAAUGUUCUUUAUUCUCUCCCUUAUUUCAGUUCCAAACGUUUAAAGAUUGUGUUUCCAACAUUAGUAACAGAGAGCAAGGCUCAAAUAAAAUCGCUAUGUUCUUAUUUCUUCAAGCUCAAGCUAGAAAACUGUAAAUAGAAUCCAAACUACACAAUUAUCCUUACUAGAAAAAUAAAAUAGUAGGCAGCAAAGCACUGCCUAAGUAAAAGCCUAUAGAGUUGGAGAGGUACAAACACCGAAGAAGUUUUUCUUUCAGAUGAUUCAACUUUUGAUACCAUCACCGAGCAGAGACCAUGGUUCCUAUUUUGAAGCUAACAGAGAGCAAGAGAACCCAUAAGCAGAUGAAUAUCAACAUAGCUCUUGUCGCUGGAACUCCUCCUGCCUUGCUUCCAAAGGAACUCACCCCACCAUCAUCCCGUUGGAUCAAGCCGAAAGAAAGGACGACGUUGAGGUUACCGUCCUUGUCAUAUGACCAGCCCAUACCGGUAUCCGCUGCUAGAGUCAUGUUUGAUAUUCUCAUCAUACCUGCAGUAACGUGAACCGAACCUGAAGAUUGCCCUGCGUGUAGCCUG